AUGAGCGGCGGCAGUGGCGGAGGUGGAAAUGCUGGCAAUCAAGGUAGCAAUAAUGCUACAAGUUAUCACCAACAUCAACAACAGCAAAGCCAAUUGGAGCAAACCGGACUCCUGCCGGAUCUCAAUGGAGUCGAUUUGGCGAUGAGCUUGUCCCCUAAGCAACAUACGUCUCACGUACAAGGAGGUGGUGCCCAUUCAACGCCGUUCAGUGUAACAGAUAUUUUGUCCCCAAUAGAAGAGUCUUAUCGUAAAUUAGAGCUUGCAGCAGCAGCAGCUGCCGUCGGAGUUGGUGUCGGGGUUGUAUCACACCCUCAAGGUUCACCUUAUACAAACGCUUGUGGCGCUAGAGUUGGUGGUAAUACAGGAAGUUCCAGCGCUAGUAGUGGAAGCCCACCGCUUCACGGUGGUUCAACACCAGGAGGUAGUACACCAGGACCUGUUAGUGGUGCAAACGGUAGUGGUGGAGCCGGUUCGGCUAUCGGAAAUGGUGGAAUGAGUGCCAUGGGUAAUCCUUAUGCUACAAUGCAAUUAACUUCUCAGUAUCAAUAUUGUGCGGCCGAAUUAUCGCCCUAUCAUCAUGCUGGGCCAGGCGUUGGUGCCGGGGGUUCUGCUUCUGAUCCUAUGAGAUCACAUGCUGUUUCCUCUCAUCAUCAUCCCUGGUAUGCACCCGCACCACCUACCACUAAUGAUCCACGAUUUGCCAUUUCGCGGCUAAUGGGAGCUGCGGGUGCUGGGAGCAACAUGGCAGGAUGUUCUGUGGGCCAGUCGAUGUCAGACGUUGGCAAGUCAUCGGGAAUGGGUGUAGGCGUUGGCGUUGGCGUCGGCGUCGGUAUGGGUGUCGGAGCGAUGCAAUUUCCCCUGGCACAGCGACGGAAACGACGAGUUCUAUUCACUCAAGCUCAAGUUUACGAACUAGAAAGGCGAUUUAAACAGCAAAAGUACCUCAGUGCACCUGAACGAGAACAUUUAGCGUCUCUUAUUCAUCUGACACCGACUCAGGCAUUGAAUUCACUUGAAUUCAGCUAUGUAAAUCUUCACGUUGACAAAACAGUGUCUGGUUCAACGAAGCUGUAUAUGUUUACCAGAGCUAUUCAAUAUAUGCUUGAGUUAAACAAAUGA